AGAGCUUGUUGUUAGUACUUCAAGAAUUGUUCAAUUUCGUCUUUCUAUAUAGGUUAUAUUUCAUUGGAUUCUUACGAAUUUCUUUAUCUAAUAUAGGUUAACGCAUUAAAUGCAACGAAUGUUUUCUACAAUAAGAACGCUUUACUUCAUGUGAUUAGUGGUGCAUUCGUUACAAAUUAAAAUAUAUACCUUCUUUUUCAAAACAUUAAUAUAUACAAUUUAACAAACAAUGAGUUCGGAUAAUGAAGAAUUAAGGUUGACAGUUGAAGAAGAUGAUCUUCUUAACGAAAUACUAUGUAUGAAUACUAAUGUAAAGACAACUAAACAAUCGAAAGAAUCUUUCAAAAUAGAUGACAAAUCAACAAAUAAAACUAAUAGUACAAACGAACCUGUAAGUCAAAUAAAAAAAUUAAAAAUUAAUGCUACUCAACAAACCAAACAAAAGGACGAAAAUAAUGAAGAAUGUCCCAAGGAUGAAAAUAAUGAAAAAUCUAGCGAACAAGAAGUUGGGUCGGUUCAACCAAAAAUACAAAAAAGGCAAAGAGAUAGAUUGGAAACACGAGAUCCCAAAAUCUCAUGUCUUAGACACAACGAUGAGUCAAGUUCUACAAACAAUAGUACAAAAUCGUAUUCAGGAGAAGACGAUAAAAAAAAUGUAGAAUAUGAAACUGAUCCUACAGUACUUGCACGCAGGCAAAAGGAUAUAGAUUAUGGGAAAAAUACUAUUGGAUAUGAUCGAUACAUUAAAAUGGUUCCUAAGGAACAACGUACAAAAGAUCAUCCAAGAACUCCCCCAAAAUAUAAUAAAUAUAGCAGAAGAGGAUGGGAUGGAAUGAUUAAACUAUGGAGAAAACAACUUCAUAAUUGGGAUCCUCCAAAAGAAAACGAAAAUACUGAACAAUGUUAAUUAAUUAAGUUGGUCUUUUUUUUAUAUGAAUACAAUAGAAAUAAGGUAUUGAAUUAUAAUUAAAAAAGGUAUUAUAUUAUAAAUUAUAAAACUAUAUACAAUACUCUAUUCGUAAAUAUCGUUAUUUAAAUUUAAUUUCAAGUUUUUCAAGUAUAACGUUUAACUUUUGAUUAAUGUUGUGUUCAAUUUCGUUUAAUCUACGCAUGGUUCUUUCUUCCAUUUCAUGGAACUUAUUAUUAAUAUAAGUUUCAAUGUUAUCUGUGAUUUCUAUAUUUUUACAAUCAUCUUUGGAAUUAAGAUCUGCCUUUUUAGUCUCUUCAAUUUUAUUUUUAUGAUUAUUUUGUACUUUUGAAUUAUUGGAAAUAAUAGUCAUAAGGUUUCUUAGCGGUAAGAUUUCAUCGCUAAUAGUAUUCUUAUCUUGUUUAACAGAUUCUAACAUAAUAUUAGCUAUGGCUGCUUUCUGUUGUACAGAACCAUUUAAGUUAUUCAAAAAGUUAGUUAUCGUGUAAUCAAGUAUUUCUGAUUCAUUUUCUUUAGUAGAUUCUGUUAAUACAAGUUUUAUACCGAAUAUCCAUAUUACAGGUUCUGUGUUUUUUAUUUUCGUAAACUGAAAGAUAAAAAUGAAAAAGAAUAAAGUACAAUUUAAUAAGAAAAUAAAUAUUCUUAUCAAAUAAAAUGAUGUAUUACUUUAAUACUGGCCUCGAUGGUAGGAUGUUCAAAAUUUACUUCGGCUAAAUAUAUACUACUUCCUUUAAACUCGUCUACAAAUUCUGCGAAUAUUGUAGUUGCAUAUUCUCCAUACUGUUUAAAAAAUUCUAAAACAUAUGCUUCGGAUAAAACAAUGAUGCGUGAUAUUUUGUAAUUAUUUGUUAUUUUUAUGUCCAAUGUACAUGGUUCUGUCACUUGUUCCUCGGAGCGUAAAUAAAUACAUGUAUCCAAGGAAAUGAUACUUUCUGUACAAUACUGUGAUAACUCUUUACGGUCGAAUAAAA